CUGACUGAAUUGACGUUCAAUAUACCCUUGCUCUAGUCGAGGAUACUAAAGUUUAUUUCAUAGCUACAGUCGUGUAUAAUUUCUAAACUACAGGCAUUGGGAAGUCAACAGGAAAAUCAGAAGUUCUGGGACGUGAUAUUUAUGUGUCCAGUGAAGCAGAUGUUAUUGUUUUCUUUUUUGUAGAAAUGGGCACGACAAACUCCACCCUGUCAAAAAUUCCAAAUGUCGAAGAAUUAAUGCAAGAAACGGGUUUCACCCCUGCACACAUUGUUCGACUUUAUGACCGUUUCGAAGCAUUGGACAAGGAAAAGACAGGCCUUCUCCGCCCACAGGAUUUUGGAGCCAUUAAUAGGUUGGCGAUGAACCCCAUCGGGGAUCGGAUCAUUGGGGCUUUCUUCUCUCCAGGGCAGGAAACAGUGGACUUCCACUCCUUUGUGAGGAUCCUGGCCCACUUCCGACCUGCGGACAAAAAACGUCCCAAAGAUCCCAGUAUGCCUGAACCUGUCAACAGUAGGACCAGUAAACUCAAGUUUGCCUUCCAACUAUAUGACCAGGACAAAGAUGGAAAAAUCUCCAGAGCUGAGCUUCUACAGGUGCUGCGGUCCAUGCUGGAGAUGCAGGUGACGGAGGAGCAGCUAGAGAGCAUUGCCGACCGCACCAUCCAGGAGGCUGACCUGGACAAGGACGAUGCCAUCUCCUUUGAGGAGUUCCGCAAGUCCCUGGAGAAGGUGAACAUCGACCACAAGAUGAGCAUUCGCUUCCUGCGCUAGCUAGAGUGGUUGCACUGGGUCAACUGACUGUUCAUGGUGAUGUAGCCCACUGUGUGUACUCAUCCCUCCAUGGUAAAAACAAGGCUUCUGCAGGGAAAUAUUACUGAUUCCUUUAACUGGAUGACUAACACUAAAUACCUUUAAAUGACUGAAUAAUAUGCUGUAACUUAAUAUGUUUUUUUACAGCAUACUGGAAUAUGGACAUCAUGUUCCAAAGUCUAACUGUACUAGAGGCCUACUGUAUAACUACAUAGUAACUGCUUUUAUAUAAUACAAUAAAAUGCAAUUUAAUAAUAAUAA